AUGUCAACUCCCAAAAAUAAACAAACACCACAAUCCUCCUCUUCACAACCAACAGAUAUAAAUAAUAAUGAUGUUCAUUUAAAUACAUCACCAUCUAGAAGUGCUCCCCAACAACAGCAACAAAGCCCAUAUGCUUUCAAAAAACAGUAUGUCUUUAGAAUUUAUUAUUAA